AUGCCAAAUGAUUUAAAAUGUGUGGGAGGUGCCGAGUCCUUCGAUUGGUGCAAAAUGCUCGCUGAAAUGUACAAAAAGUUCAUCUCAAACUACAAGAAACCCACUGACACAGAUAUUUCGAACCUUCCAAGUUCCCUCAGGUUUAAGGAAGUCGAAAGUUCGCCAGGCAAUAUCGGCGGAUACAGGCGCGUGGAGUUCGACGUGAUUGGAGAUUACGCCUACCGCCUCUUCAAGGGCGAAACGGGCACUCACCGCCUAAUUCGUAACUCUCCGUUUAAUGCUGAGAAUAAGCGCCAGACCACCUUCGGCUCAGUGCAGGUCGUUCCCAUUCUCUCGGACUCCGACGAGGACGUCGUCAACUUCAAGCGGAAUAAACAGAUUCUCAAAAAGGACUUGAUCAUAGAGUCUAUGCGCAGCAGAGGCAAGGGGGGCCAAAACGUAAACAAGGUGGAGACUGCCGGUGUGUUUUUUUGUAGAUGUGUAUUUAACUUACCAUGGUUACCUGGCAAUUGA